GCUUUGACAGGGGGUGGGGUCGGGGCCGGCCGCCGUUUUUGCCGCAAGAAGGGGGGGGAAACGUGGCAGGCGUGCUUGGGGGUGGGCGACGGGCGACAAAAUGAGGUGAGAGCCCCCCCGACGGCCAGGCUGGGGGCCACCAGGCAGCCCUCCCGGCGCCGCCCGGCUCCAUGCCCGCCGCUGCCUCGCACCCCGCCGCUUCCCAGCGAGCAUCCCCGCCACCAUGCCACUGACCUGUGCCUCCACCUCGCCGCUGCGCUGCCAUGGCCACGCUAGAGGCGCUGCCCCUUCUCAGUGACCCAACGUACCCCAGCCCGGAGAACUUGCACGGUUUCUCUCCCCGGCCGUCCCACCCCACCUCGCAGAGCGCCAUGGGGAGCGUGGGCAGCGGAGUCGCCAACGACCAGGAGUUCGCCAUGAAGAGCGUGGGGACCCGCACGCAGAGCAGCGGCCGGCAGACGGAGGGGUCCCGCAACGGGUACUCCACGCGGGAGAUCUCCAACCGCUACUCCGGCGAGGAGAAGACGUACAAGUCGGAGAAGGUCUCCAAUUCCCUCUACAUCAACGGCGACCUGCGCAAGAGCGAGAAGGUGAAGGUGGACAUCUGUGGGAACGUGACCACCAACAACGAGAAGAACAUGCCGCCUCCUCCCCAGUACCGAGAGCCUGGUAACCCACCAAAGAUAUUGCCAAUCUCCGGCAAACUAGACCAGAGCAAUGAGCCCUUAGUUAGACCCUCAGCCUUUAAACCAGUAGUUCCUAAAAACUUCCAUUCCAUGCAGAACCUCUGCCCGCCGCAGAGCAACGGGGUGACAGAGAACAGAAAGAGCUUGAACCAUGCCAACAGCAAUAGCCCGUCCGCCCCCAAAAGUGGACUCGACAAGACCAGCCUUAACAGGACUACAAACCAAGUGGGAGGCCUUUCGGAUUCGGGCCGUAACUCGUUAACGAGCCUGCCCACGUACGGGACAGGCUACAGCCAGCACGUGGGCCCGAUGAGCGCCUCGACGAGCCACAUCAACCGCAUCGGCACCACCUACGUGGACAAGAACAUCGUGGGAUACAACGGGAUAUCUACCUCAGACAGCGGGCGGUCUUCGAGCAAGAGCACCUCUUCGUUCAACAGACUGAACCAUCUCAACGAAACGAUGCCUUUCCACUCGCCUUCGACGGACGACAUCAUCCAAGACCUGGAAGACCGGCUCUGGGAGAAGGAGCAGGAGGUCCUCCAGAUGCGAAGGAACUUGGACAAAAGCGAGGCAGCCAUCUUCCAAGUGUUUGAGGAGAAGCAGAAGAUCUGGGAGAGGGAAAUGGAGGACCUGAGGCAAAACUACGCCAACAAACUGCAGCAGGUCUCCAAAAAGGCGCAGCGGGCUCAGCAGGCCUUGCAGCUCCAGAUCUUCAAGUUACAGCAGGAGAAAAAAAAACUCCAGGAUGACAUGGGACAACUCCUCCAACAGCGAGAGGAGCUGGAGAAGAAAUUUGUGGCUUUCAAGAAGGAGCAGGCUGAGUUCCUCCCAAAGAUUGAGGAGACCAAGUGGGAGGUGUGCCAGAAGGCGGGGGAGAUCUCCCUGCUCAAGCAGCAGCUGAAGGAUUCCCAAGCAGACGUCUCCCAGAAGCUGAACGAGAUCGUGGGGCUGCGGACGCAGCUCAAGGAAGGUAAGAACUUCCUGCGGGAGAAGGAGGAGCAAAUCCUCACCCUGAAGGACUCCUACAGCUCCAAGAGCGUCAACCUGGAGAUCUGCGAGAGCGAGCUGCAGCGGAAGAUGAGCGAGGUGCAGGUGCUGAGGGAAAAACUGAACCACUGUGAGAUGGAGGUCUCCGGACUGAAGCGGACGCUUGCCAGCAUGGGACCUCCGGGGCCUUUUGGCGGGGACCUGGCGGAGAAGCUGCGGGACCCCCUGGCCUGCGAAAGCGACGAAGCCAAGAUGCAGCGGCAGAGCGAGGACAGCGUCAGCACGCUGCGGAAGGAGGUGGAGCGGCUGCAGACGGAGCUGAAGCUGGAGCGGCAGCAGCGGGAGCAGCAGGUGAUGGACUUCGAGGAGGAGCGGCGCACGUGGCAGGAAGAGAAGGAGAAAGUCAUCAAGUACCAGAAGCAGCUGCAGCUCAACUACGUGGAGAUGUACCAGAAGAACCAGCUCCUGGAGCACAAGGUGAACGAGAUGAACACAAAGGCCACCAGCCCCCCGCACACCGAGGAGAAAAAACCGUGGACUCCCUCCAGACUUGAGCGAAUAGAGUCCACCGAGAUCUGAGGUGGGACCAAGACGAUGCCCAUGUUUUUGUUGUUUUUUUUUUUUAUUGCUGUGCAUGUACUACCUACUCAAGCCAGUGAUCUUCCGAAGGAUAUUACGAUACCGUAGGAGCGGUGUGAGUUCGCCCACGCCGAGCUCCGUCACCCUUACUCUAUUCUUCUGUGCUCUGUAGGUAAAAUAACUGUGGAUGUGCGUUGUUUUUCUAUCGAUAAUGCGACAUCUUUCGUUUGGUUUUGUUUUGUUUUUUUUUCCUAGUACAGCUGGUGAGGGUCAAUUGGCUCUUUUGUAAUCUGCCGUGACUGUUACUUCGCUGGAGGCUGCCAUCCCCUCUCCUACAAUUCACCCCUCUUCGGUUGGUUGUUUUGGAGGGCUGUGUUUGGUUCCUUUGGUUUUCAAAGCAUUUAUAUGCAGCAAAACAGUUCAAAGUGGCAGGUUGUUUUUUUUCAGGGCAUUUUUAGCCACAUUGGCUAAUGGAGCACAGCUCUUGGGAUCGUGAGCAAACUCACUGUUCUGCGUCAAGUAUCUCGUCUAGACAAUGGUCUUAGUGAAGUCAGGAGGAGAUUGGCCACUGAUUUCAGUGAAACCAGACAUAUCUCUACCAGAUGACUCCCUCCUGCAGCCCGUGGCUACCAUGGCUGUAGGAGGUUAGGACGUCCUUGAGCACCAGGAUGAGCCUGUCCUGGUAACAGAAGCCACCAAGGAACGGUCGCCCAGCAGGAGCUUCUGUUGACACAUGCUGCGUUUUCAUUUCGUUGUGUUUUCCUUCUGCAUUUCCACUCGCCUCCUGGGUUGUGACCAGUCCUGGGAGCAGAAAUAUCCUCCCACCUCUGCCUUGAUCCCCCUGUCCUUACAUAUAUCCAAGCUGGCUACAGCAAGAAAAAAAAAAACCUUGAGAUCCAAGGCAGUUCUCCUUCUCAAGAGCCCUCUUACUUCCCACAGUCAAUGGAACGAGGUCUGGGGAAGCCUCCGAACCUGUGGGAUGUUUAUGCAAACAGAAGCUUCAGCAGUUUGCCCAGUAGUGGGCAAUUGUGCUAACCCAUCCCCAAACGAGAGGCGCUUCGGUGCAUUCUCUCUGCCCAGGGUGUACUUACAGAAGGCACCCGAGCCUCGCUCAGGAGUCGCAGUGAGCACAUAUCAGCGUUACCACUGGGUUGCAAUGGGGGAGGCGAGCAUCAGCCUUCAGUGCAGCCACGUGGAAUAGUGCCCAUCGCGAUCCCACGUGGUAUCACAAACUCCAGGGAUGGAGAUAACGCAGGGCCAGCUUAAAAAAUACUCGGCUACUGACUCUGAGCAUGAAAGCAGACACAAGAAAUGCUUAAGAUCGUGCAAGUGCUUAUGCCCCGGCAGAAAAAUAACCAAAUCCUACGUGCACACUCACUGAAAAUGAUGCGGGCAUCAAACACCAGCAUUCAGCUUUAAAAGGGGGGCACAGUGGGCCUGGUUCUCCCUUGCACAGAUGCUUUUUUAACCAUGAUCCACAGCAAAGAGAGAAAAAUGCUGUGCAGGGGGAUUUGUGCCGACUGGGCAGCAGCCAGAGGAUCGGUGCAAGCGGGAAUUCGGGCACUUUGCCCUAGAGAGCAGCUAGAACAAAGCCAGAAUUAGCAUCUCGGGAUGCCUGUGUGAGGUGACUUCAGGGAGAGUUUGGCCAGCUCACAUUGCACCUGCACACCGAGGAAGAACUUCAGGGUGUUGAGAGGCAGAAGCCCUGAAGCUAUUCACCUUCCAAGUUCCCUUCUCUCUCCAUUCCCCUCUCCAUCGCCAGGUCUGACCUGGUGGGAUCAGAAAGCGUUGUGGGGAGCUCCAGGCUGGGCAAAGAGGCCAAGCAGGAGAAAGAAGACUCCAGUUAGUCCCACCAACCUCCAGCCAAGGUCAACAGUGUUACUGGGAGGAACUGCUGGUAGCUGGCAGGGAUCGCUGGAGCAGCAGCAAAUAGCGAUGUGGAAGGAGAUCAGGGCAUUCUGAGACCCUGGUUGAGGGCACCUGGGUUCCCCCACGGCUUCUGCCUGUGCCUUUGGAGCUGAAGGAGAAAAAUUGGUGCCACCCAGCAGCAGACAGUGCCAGACAUUGCCAUGCCAAGGGCAGGGAUGGGAAGGGAGGGUUGGAAUGGGAUGGGCAAGCAAGGAUCUGGCAGAAGGUCGUUGGCACAGUGCUGUUAUAUCCUGCUGGAGUCAAACGGGGCAGGUCCUCAGUCCCCAGCCCAGUCCCGCUCUUUGCUUCAGUGUUUCAGAGCCUGCAGCCUGAGUCAAGGGGUCUCAGAGGCACAACUCUUGGCAGGCAGAUCCCAGGGCUUCCUCCGUUUCACACAGCGGGCUUCUAGAUGGGGCUGAACACCCCCCAGGGUCGGGGUUGGAGAUGUGGCGUCUCGUGUUGCUUUCUGUGCCUCUCUUUGGAGGAACCUGCACUGUCUUCCAGCCCAGAGCAGCUGAGGGGGACCUGUGCUUGUGAAGGGCUUUGCAGUCCUUGGGAAAUUGUGAGAUGUUGUUUUGGAUGCCUGUUGCAUGAUGAUUUUGAGGCCACCACACAAAAAGCAAACAGUCCAUCAACAGCAAGUGCCCAGGCUAUGAGAUGGGCCCAGUGAUCCGUUGGUCUUUUCCACCUCUGCCCCUCCUAGCCCUGCUGACCGUGAGGUUGGUUUCCCAUUAACCACCACGAGAGAAAGGGUUUCAAUCAGUGGCUCGAGAACACCUACAGCGAUUGAAAAUUGAGGACCUGCUGCUGAGGGGGUGUAGGCUGCGGUUCCCUGCUGCGUUAACAAGUGGGAAGGGGCACCAGCACCACGCCGUGGGACACCGUCUCACCAGAGCUCCUUGAAAAUCCACAGGCAGGAGAAGCAGGGGCCUGCCUGCCCUCCCCACACACCCGGAUCCCAGCAGCAGCAGUCAGCCAAGCCCUCCGCUGCGUCAGGUUUGCUCUGACAUCUUUUUCCCAGAUCUUUUUUUUUUCUUUUUUUUUUUUUUUUUUCAGCGGUGCCAGGAAUGAGUGUGUCUUGAUAGACCCAGUGAUACCUGCAGGCAUCGGGUUUGUCUGACUGCUGGAAGGGUGCUGAACUGCCCAGGUGCCAGACUGGCAUUUUAACGACAUAUUCAGAGAACGGCCAAGGAGGGUCACGUCUUGUCCUUCUGUGAGGUUAACAAAACGUUUCUGUCCCGUGAAACUCACCUUGGGCUUGGCCACAUCCCAGCUGUCCUCAUCCAGCCCUGGAGCUGAUGGGACUCUGCGUGGCGUCCUGGCUCAGACGUAAUUCUGCAAGUUCUGCUGCUGCCCUCAAAGUCUUGCACGUGGUUAGGGCCAGAUGUGCUGGGAUCCAUGGGGCUUGGGCCAAUACGACCCGAGACCUGUGGAAGAGACCGCGGUGGGAAGACCCGGAGCACCUCUAGCAGCACAGCACCCACAUACAGCCGCCUGAGUCACGCUCCAGGAGCGUGCGCACAGCCGUUACGUGAGCAAACACAGCACACUGAUUAACUCCAGCAACUUCUAUCCACAAGCAUUUGGGCUAAGCAGGUUAUCCGGAGACGAGUGCGCUUGGAUGGAAAUAAGAGCCCGGCUCUGUACGUACAGCGAUUAAACGAGGAGACAAGAAAGCUCUGUGGCUUCUCUACUGCCGCCUGGGUCGGCAGUAGCAGCAGAUGCUGUGUUUGAGCACCGAGCGCUACGUGGAGGGUGCUCAGCACCUUUUGCUGGCUGCAGUGGAAAUGGAGAGGGCUCCCAGGAAAGCAAUCCGCUUGGGAUUGGUGCCCGCAGAGCAGCCCGGUGUCACUUUGUCCUGCCUCAGUGCUUGCCUGGACUUGUAAUCAUCCCCUAAGGCUGAAGUCCCCCCCCUGCCAUCCUCAUGCCCCCACAAAGCCCCCUGAGGACAGAGAGGCUCCCAGCGGCGUCCCCCUGAGCCCUGCCACCCGCGAGCCCUGCCCACGGGAAGGACCAGCCCACCCCACUCCUGCCCUUCGCUGUGGCACUUUACAGCUCGCUCCAGCAGGGAGCUCAUGAGCAACACGACCAAAGAUCUCUGGAAGGCGCCGGACUGCGUGCCUGGAGCUGCCUCCCUGCCUCCCCGGGGAGGGAAGAGGCUGGGAAGGGAGAGCGCUAGGCAGGACCCACUCCCAGCCUCGGGCAGCCGAAGUAGGGGCCAGCGAGAGAAACUCACUUCUGUCCUGAACGAGAGCAGGUCCAACUUGCCGUUCUUCUAACCCAAUCCCUCAGCCUAAGCCUCAAAGGGCAAUUUAUGGAGUUACUUUUCACGAAGAUCCUUUGCUGGAGAUCUGCUCCCCAUGUUGCCCGCAUCCUUCUGCUCCUCUGCGUCAGCUCUCGAGCCUCCUCUGCCUCUUUUCAGUCCCCACUGUCCCAGUGCUCUCCCAGAUACUUUAUUAACAAGCAGGAGCCCCCCCAGACGUGGCUUGUCCGGACCCUGCCCUCAGGGUAACUUGCUACUAGGCUCCUGAUCCUCACCUCUCCUCUCUGUCAUUCCCAUGUCAGCUAGAUCAGCCCUGCUUUACCUCCGGGAGCGACCUUGUUGGAGGACAUCCCCAUGGCCUGCAAUCCCUUGAGAUCACUGUGUGGGGCUUCACACCAUCAUAACUACGCCCAGCCAGCUGCGGGGCGUUCCCAGCCCCUCUACCCCUGCAAAGACAGGGGUGCAAGGGGCAGGAGCAUCCCUGCUCACACAGCUCCCAUGCCUCCUGUUCCCCGGGUGUCACCGAGGCGUUAGGAUCACAUCCAGCUGUUUUCAGGCUUCCCAAUAGGAUGUUCUAUUAGUGCAAGUGUCAGCAAAACCAGAAAUGAGCCUCUGCACUUUCGGGAUAAGCUUCCUGCCUGGUUCACCCAAUGAAGGGGAUCGUGUUGGAUCUGGAGCCCGGGGCAACCUCUGGCAUGCAGGGUUGUGUGUUCAGGGCUCUUUUCCAGAUCUGUUUUCUCAGGCAGAAAGUCUCUGCUUUCUGUCACGAAGCAAUAGGUUUUUCUAGAGAGAUAUAAAAGGGACUUCCCAACUCUGAUACCUGCAGGCAAGCCAAUGUUCCUUUGAAUACCUUCGUAACUCUAGCUCUGGGCUCUCCUCUUUCAGAAAGGGAUGUGAGGCCAGGUCUGGCUCCAAAUAACCACCAAUGAUUUGAGCUUGGUGGUGCCCAUGUGUCCAGGGAGCCUGGAGAUGCCCCCGUGCAGCAGGCAGGCAGUCUGGGUCCCUGGGACGUGUGGUCCAUCCUCCUUUGGUGCCCACCCCGUGACUGUAACUGGUUGCCUGCAGCGGGUCUUCUCCAUCAGCUCACUGCCAUGGGAGCCACCGGGUCCCCAGGGGCGUCUGAGCUCACAAAGUCGCAUUUGGUGACAGCCAGACACCAACGGGAGACCAAGGAGCCCUCCUGGAGGAGAAGGUGCCCAUGGUGGCGCGUGGGUUCCCUUCCAGUGGCCGAAGGGAACAAAUGUGCCCAGGCAGAGCUCCACCACUGGUGCCAAAAUGCUGCACAACCCCAGACGCGUCUAUGCAGUCUCCUUCCACGCAGUGGAGUCCCUGCAGAGCCCGGCACAGGGCUAGGUCUCCUCCAAGGUGUCUUUGUUUGCACUCAUUCGGACCUGGUAAAUGCUGUGAGCUGAGAGGCGGCCCGUCCGGACUCUCUCUUGGCCUUCGCCUUGCACUGGGCAGUAUGGUUGUGAGGGUUUCCUCAUCCAAAAUAAAUGCACGUUGCUUAGUCACCCGUCUCCGCGUCUCUUCUCCAGCAGAUCAAUAGGCCCCCAAAACCCAGCUCCCCGACGGAGGGACGUCAGGUUGGGCCGGCUGGCGCCCCGAGCAAGUCUGUUGUCUGAUCUCACCAGCAAUAAAAGCCCCGCAGGGGAGCGGCCAGAGCUUUCCAGGCUCUGUGUGUAUGUAGGAUCUCUGCAUCAGACCCUUCGUCCAACGUUUUGGACCUGCCCAACUGUAAAUUCAAUCCCAGCCUUGUGCUUUCUCUCCUCUGUUUGUUUCUUGAAGCCUCGGUCUCUCCCUCUCUGCUCUUACUGUGAAUUCAAACCAGAAGUGUUCUGAACUCGACUCUGUUACUGUUCGUUCUGCGUUGACUGUUGCUGGUUCUCUGAACUGCGUUUAAUGAGACUUUGAAAAAAAAAAAAAAAAGAAAAAAAUAUAUAUCUAUAUAAAUAUACUUAAAAAAAAUAAAAAUAAAAUAUUUAAAAAAGAACUCCAUAAGGUUGGGUGUGUCUCCUGUCCACCAGUCACUUUCAAACACUGUUGUCUAGACCUUGCCUCUGGUCAGUGCAUUUAACAAAAAGAGGUUGAAAAAUAAAGAGAUAAAAUGCAGCAUUCUGGGAUUUUUGUACAGCAAAGGUAUAUCCAUUUAGGAAAUUCUUGUUAAAACUAUACCACGUUUCACAAUCUACUGCUAGUCUGUUGUAUGUUUCCAUGGGGUUAUAAAGAUGUGAAGAGCUACUGCCUUCGCGAUUUUCUACGGUGAAUAUAUAUAUAUAUCUGUACAGAGGUAUGUAUAUAUAUAAAUAUAUAUGAAGAUCUAUAUGUAUACGUAUCUCUCACUCUCCUAUCUCUAUCUGACUGUGAAGGAUUUUUAUUGGGCAAAAUAAAAUGGAGAAAGGCCCCUUUUAAAAACCUGACUGCGUGCUUGCCUGGUUGUGUUGCGUGCGGGUGGGAGAAGCAGAAAAACUACAGGGGAUUUCGGGAGGGACCCGAGGAAUGGUGCCUGGGGGGGCUGCUGGAGAUGGCUCCACGAGGGAAACCCACAUCUCAGACACAGCAGCACAGCCAUACACGUGCUGGUCUACAGCUUCCUCGCAGUCCAUUAGAGUGGGGUGAAAGCACUUGUAGCUCCUGGCUCUGAGGAUGGAGAGCAGCCUGGCAUUGUGGAGCAGGAGGGAAAGGCGGAGGCUUCAGGGAGCAGAGAGGAGCAGCGCACACCUCCACGUCCAUCUCUUCAAGCUGACGGAGGUGAUGCUGCUGGGCACAGCCGUCCCCAGCCCUUAUUCCCCAGGGUACAACAAGGGCUGUGCAAGCGUUCACUCUACGGUUACCAUAAAGAAGGGAUGUUUAGAUGUAGAGCUUAGUGAUAUGGUUUAGUGGAGGACUUGUUAGUGUUA